AUGGCUCGGAAAACUGUAAUAGUCAACAUGAUAGUUUUAUUUUUUAUGGUUGCGGCAAAAGCAGAUAUAAUCAGCGGAGACUUUAACCAACAAUUUGACGUCACAUGGGGCAAUGGACGUGGGAAGAUCAUAAACAAUGGACGACUGGUCAAGUUACAACUAGAUAAGGCUUCCGGAUCAGGGUUUAAGUCUAAAAACCAAUAUUUGUUUGGAAAGAUCGAUAUGCAAAUAAAGGUCGUUCCUGGGAAUUCUGCUGGCACUGUCACAUCGUUUUACAUUUCUUCUCUGGGCCCAGCUCAUGACGAGGUUGAUUUUGAAUUUCUUGGUAACCUUAGUGGAGAUCCUUAUAUCCUCCACACCAACGUGUUCGUUCAAGGCCAAGGCAACAGAGAACAACAAUUUUAUCUUUGGUUCGAUCCCGCCAGAAAUUUUCAUACCUACUCAAUUUUGUGGAACCCUAAAACCAUCAUAUUAUACGUUGAUGGAACUCCCAUACGACAAUACAAGAAUAUGCCAUCGUAUAACAUUCCUUUCCCGAAUGGACAACCUAUGUGGAUCCUCUCUAGUAUUUGGGACGCAGAAUGGGCCACAAGAGGCGGCCUUGUUAAGACGGACUGGAGACUAGCUCCCUUCACUUCCUUAUAUAGGAAUUUCAAGAUGCAAGUAUGCACACAAUUUUCUCCGCCUUCAUGUCAUCAAGAACCGUGGAUGACCGACUUGUUGGAUAAAUUCAGUGCAAGAAAAUUGAAACGAGUGCAGAAGAAGUACAUGAUUUACAACUAUUGCAGUGAUGUUAGGCGAUUUCCUCUGGGACUUCCCGCCGAAUGCAAGCACUCAUAA